UAGGAAUGCUUUUCUGGAGGCUGACUUGCAAUGUUCUAAUAAAGUUCAGAACAUGGAAUCAAAGGUGCGAGCAGCAUGUAACCGUUCGAAUGCAAAAUUAGAUGACAUAGUCAGGCUCCUUGAUGACCUACUCACAGAGUAUGAGUCAACGGCCUAUGGUCCUGGAAAAUGGAAAAGGCUAGCCACAUUCUUACAACAGUGUUUGGCUGGCCCUGUUCUGGACCUUUUCAGAAGACAGUUAGAGCAUAUAGAUGCUGAAAGGAACGCCAUGAGAUUGAAAUGCAAUUCAAGCGAUGAUAAGUUGGCAUUGCUGAGGAAGCAGCUUGAAGCAAGCGAGAGUCACAGAGCUGAGUAUGUGAGGCGCUAUGAGGAAAUUCUGAAUGAUAAACAGAAAAUUUCCAAGGAUUACUCUAUUCGUAUAACUGAACUUCAGGCCAAAAGUAGCAAGUUGGAUGUGAACUUAUGUGAAUUUGUGAACUAAAAAUGUGCACUAUGGAUGUGAACUUAUGUGAAUUUGCGAAUUUAUGUAUUUAGACUUAUGUGAAUUUGUGAACUUAUGUAUUUAGACUUGUGU